AGCCUUUUGGGCUUGGCUUAUCUCUUUUGAUCUCUCUUGAGCAUCUGCCAGCGGUGCAGAUCAGUGACUCUGGCCUUUCAUGAAGGCUCAUGGUGUCGGAAGGGCAUUGGCCCAACCACUGAGAGCGGCAACGCGAAGGCAUUUUGCUGCGCGCUCCUGGGUGGAAUACGACGCCAAGUGCGACUUCCCGAUCGAAAACCUGCCGUUUGGUGUUUUCUCUUGUGCAAAGAGGGGGCCCCGCUGCGCCACGGCCAUUGGGCCUUAUGCAGUGGAUUUAGCCGUGCUUAGUGAACAUGGUGCUUUCAAGGACCUGGGUUUCGAUGCCACAAAGACCUUUGGGCAGCCGACGCUCAACGCGUUCAUGGCCUUGCCGCGAAGUGCCUGGCGUGCCACCCGCGCACGCCUCGCCGAGCUCUUCGCCGCGGACGGGGACGACGCCCUCCGCGGCCGCGCCACGCUGCGGGACGCGGCGCUGAGGCCGUUGGAGGAGGUGAAGAUGCACCUACCUGCCAAGAUCGGCGACUACACCGACUUCUAUUCCUCGAGAGAACAUGCCACAAAUGUGGGUAUCAUGUUCCGAGGAAAGGACAAUGCCUUGCAGCCGAACUGGCUCCACCUCCCCGUGGGCUACCACGGCCGUGCCAGCAGCGUGGUCUUGAGCGGUACGCCGCUGGCGCGGCCCCGUGGACAACUGCAGAAGAGCCGAGAGGAUCCCUGGCAAGGUUCUGUUUAUGGACCCUGCAAGCUCUUAGAUUUCGAGCUGGAGAUCGGCUUCUUCGUGGGUGGCCAGUUGCCACCGUUGGGGCGGCCACUGAGCAUCCAGGAGGCGGAGGAGCACAUCUUUGGCUACGUGCUGAUGAAUGACUGGUCUGCACGAGAUAUCCAGGCCUGGGAGUAUGUGCCCCUGGGCCCCUUCGGCGCCAAGAACUUCGGCACCACCAUCUCCCCAUGGAUCGUCAGCCCCGACGCGCUGGAGCCCUUUGUGUGUUCCACAUCGGCGGAGAAGCAAACCGAUCCUGAGCCACUGCCCUACUUGAAAGAAGAGAACUAUAGCUCCUAUGAUAUCAAGCUGGCCGUGGAUUUGCACACCCCCAGUCAAGGUAGCUCUGAGAAGGUCGUGACCACCAUCACAGAGUCCAACUUUCGACAUAUGUACUGGACACCGCGGCAGCAGUUGGUCCACCACAGCGUCACUGGAUGCAAUAUGCAACCUGGUGACCUCCUGGGCUCUGGGACCAUCUCUGGAACGGAGCAGAGGAGCUUCGGCUCGAUGCUGGAGCUCUCCUGGCGCGGCGCGCACGAGAUCCCCUUGAGCGAUGGUCAAGCCAGGAAGUUCCUCCAGGAUGGCGAUGUGUGCAACAUCCGCGGCUACUGCCAGGGCGAUGGCUAUCAGAUUGGCUUUGGCGAUUGUAGUGGCGAAGUCUUGCCAGCUGGAGCUCUUGACGAGGCCAAAGCGGCUGGUGCGGCCUCGAGCCCCUUGCAGGACGUGGAGCUCCACGGCUACUGGCGCUCGACCGCCUCCUGGAGAGUGCGCAUCGCUUUAGCGCAUCAUGGGAUCCACUACAAGAACACUCCGGUGAAUCUCAUGAAAAAUGAGCACCAGAGCGCCUCCUAUGCCCAAGUGUCCAGCAUGGGUCAGGUGCCGACCUUGAGUUUCACGGUGGCGGGCGAGCGGCAGAACCUGACCCAGUCCAUGGCCAUCGUGGAGUUCUUGGACUCGGUGUCCACUGGCUCGCCGCUGAUCCCGCCCACCGAUGGAACGGUUGAAGGUACGUUGAGAAGAGCGCGUGCGAUGGAAAUCGCUGAGAUUGUCAACUCGGGGAUGCAACCCCUGCAGAACCGACCCAUGCUGGGUUCUGCAGUGCCACCAAGAGUUCCAGGCGGCGCGGGCGACUGCCAGGGGCUGGUGACGCAACUCUUCCUAUCGCGCUUGGCAGAGGCCGGUCACACGGUGUGUCGGCAGGGCGGUCGCACCGUGGGGUGGUCAGGGCUCUCACUUUUCAAUAUGGGUGACUGA